UGCACAAUUUUCUCUACCUAAAACUAAAAGCUCCAUUUCCUAGCCAUGUCCUUCGAUUCCGAUCAUCGACUCUCCAUCCUCAAAUUCAUGUAAUCGCCUCCUUUAUUGCCACCAAUCAAAUCAUGUGUCACUUCACCGUUUGAAUUUCUGUACUUCUGCGGAUCUAAAUCGAUUUUUUGCGAUCCAAUCGUUUUUUGUUUAGGGUUUGGUGGUUGAUUUUCUUUUCGUUUUGGAAAUUAGGGUUUGAAGAGCAUCGAACAAUGCCUUCGGUGCUGUCACUCGAAUUUAUUACUAGCCCUUUGGUUACCUCUUUCUAUGGUGGUCGGUCGUGUUCUCAUCGUCUCAAACGUCGCCUUAUGAAAGGUGAUCGUCGUGGUAAUCUUAGUUAACAAUCAGCCUAGUUUUGUGUUUCUCUCCGUCUCAUUAGCAUCUGUAAUAUUUUUAUUCGGGUUGUCCUUUCUACAUCUGCCGUGUUUUCUUCUACAUCGCCUUACUGUUUCUGAUACGGUCUAUUAGCUAUAUCUGUUUAAUCUGAGAUCGAUCGAUAAGUGAAAACCGCCUUUAAGACAUACGGGAUUGUUUGGAUUCGUUUCUUCGUGGGAGAAGUUUGGUCUAUCCAGAUCUAACUUACGGGUAAAAGUUAACUGGUGCACCCAGUUAUCAAGUUAUUGUGGAAUCCUCGAUUUAUUGCAAACCAUUGCAACUCUUGGUUGAUGCCAAUGGACAUUUGCUCUCACAUUGUAUUGCCAGUUACUGAUGAUGUAAAAGAUCUUUAUGGGUUGUGUAUGCACACACUUGAAUCUAGUCAUAGAGUCACGAAAGCUCUAUGUGAGGAUGAACUCAGCAAUGGUGUGACCGAGUUUCUGAACAUUCAAGAUGACAGAGAGGAGGAUUCCGGCUCCUCACUGCCUUUUAAAAAUUCCGAGUUUCAAAACAAAGAUGCUUGUGAUGAUUCUCAUCCAAGCAAAAUAGCGACUCAGACUCCUGAAGAGUAUCUUUGCAAGUGUGCAACAUGUCCUUGUUCAUGUAAGACCUUGUUAUCUCCUCCAGGUGUCGUUGCUAGUGAAGUAUCCACAUACGAUGACAAGGUUAAAUCUCUUGGUCCAUCUGCCUUUUGUUCCAAAUCUGUUCCUACCCAUUUAAAGCCUGUAUCUGCCAUGAAAGGCAGCCGCGAGAAACGGGGAGCUGCUCCACCUGUAAAGCUGACAGUGAAGUGGGCUCCAGAUGUGUACGAUCCCAUUCCUACUUCAGUGUCGCACGUUGUAACAAACAACAAGUCUUCUCGGCAUAGCAAGAAGAAUUCAAAAAACAAGCAAAAGAACGCCAGCAAAUCAUCAUCAUCACGCGGGAGCAAAGGUAAAGACAAGAAGCAAGUUCGAAAACGUGGUGGAAGAUCUUCUUCCAGCAUGGGUUACAAGUUGGCCGAGCACGAAGAGGAGGAGGUGGCUGAUUUUCGUGAGCACGAGCCUGAGCCAAGUUCGAUCGGUUUUCAUGAGCAAUUCUGUGGAAGUAGCUUUCUGAAGAGACAUGGAACGAGCUUGCAUCUUUCGUCAGUUGCGGAGGCUACCUAGAUGGCUUUUGGGCAGCAAUCCUGGUUCGUAUUCCUUAUAUGUAAAUAAAUAAUAAGAUUGCAGUUUUUUGUUGGUUGAAAAUUGCUACUAUGAGUCUUCCCUACUUCAAUUUUUGUAGAUAUUGUGUUCGAUAUUCCACGGGGUUGUCUCCAUGGAAUACAAGAAUGGUAGUAUGGUACGAAGCCAUGGAUCUCUUUUUCCUUUGGCAAAUGGUGGUUGUUUUAUGAGCUUUCAA